AUGGUCGAACGUUCCGAUCAAGCUCUAAGAAAUGCAAAGAAAGGCACCAAGUAUUAUGGACAAGGCCCCGGGCGAUUGGAUUUAGGACGCGUCCUUGAAUGGGGUCAAGAGUCAAAGGUAUUUAAAUCCAUUCUUGCCCAUCCCAGAUUGGUGCCUCUUUUUCAUGGUAUUUUGGGAAAGGGAUAUCGCAUGGAUCACUUGCCAUUCGUUUUAGCCCAGAACCGGGGAUCAGAAGGUUUUCAACUUCAUGGAGGAACUAUCGAUUGCCAAAGUGGCGAGUACAAUCCUUUCUUGGCCUACACUUGCCAACACGGUACAAUCUCCACUGCACUGUUAGGGUGCAAUGUUAUUCUAUCGGACCAUAAUGCUGGUAACGGUGGCUUCUGUGUCGUUCCAGGAUCCCACAAAUCACACUUCAAAAUGCCAAAGGGAAUGGUCGAUGGAGAACGAUUUGAAGAGUUUGUGAUUCAACCACCCACCAAAGCAGGCGAUGUCAUCUUGUUCUCGGAAGGAACUGUCCAUGGAGCAAAGCCUUGGACUGCCGACCACCAGAGGAGAACAUGCUUAUAUCGUUUCUCACCAGCAACAAAUGUCUAUGGACGAUCGUACUUUGGACACGAAGGUGGUGGUUGGCCAAAAAGAGCAUAUGAAGAUUUGACCCCGGCACAAGAGGCGGUCCUGGAAGCUCCGUUUGCGAAUCGCUUGGAUCGACCGAACAUCAACCCUGAUGGAUCCGUGGAAGUUACUACAAGAAGUGAACGCAAGAAGCAGCAUGACCAAGACGUCUUUGGCACGAAGUAUUUUUAA